AUGCCCUUGAGAUUAAAAUUAAUAAACAUUCUUUGUUUCUAUAUUAAGAAUGAAUCUGCAACGAAAUACUCAAAAGAGAGUCUAGAAACAGAGAAAAGACGGGAAUCUGAAAAAUCAAUUCGUCUCAGCACUCCGAUGAGGCAUGCAAUCAAUCCGCAUCACUGGCUGAGAUGUUGCCCCAUGCGUCCUCAUCUGUCGUGUAGACACUGCCUUAGGGCAGCUGAGGGAACAGUCCUUCUUGGCCCCUGCCGCACAAUGCGUAUUUAUAUUCACAUGUGCCUGUUUUGGAAACAGGGCCAGCAGGUCACCAUGAGCAGGGGAUCACAAGAAGCAUUGCAAAAGACAGAGUCUCGAGGGUACAUCGUGCGAAGCCAGUGGUCUGGAAGUUCACGGAACCCAUCCUCCAGAGUCCCAUCAGCAGAGGAAGCCAGAAGCAAGACCACCAGUCUUAAGGGCCCCACAAGCUCCACAACCUCCCGGACUUCCUCCACUGCCUCCCACAGCCAGCAAGAGUCCCAGCACGAACUGUCCCAGCACGAGCUGUCCGGGCUCCCCUCCCCGCCCACGACGCCCGUGCUGCGCGCGUCACCUGCGCCUGUGGACUCCUGCCCCCCCACGCCCCCGGAGCCCGAGCCCCAGCCCCAGCCCCCAUCCCUUCCCCAGCCCCAGUCCCUGCCUCAGUCUCUGCCCUCACCCAUGCGCAGCAUCAAGAUGCAUGAGCACCAUGACCACUGGGGGCACAGCCUGAUUCGGGAUCGGGAUCGGGAUCGGGAUCGGGAUCGGGAUCGGGAUCGGGAUCGAGAUCGGGAUUCCCGGGAUUCCCGGGACUCGCUGCAUCGGGAUUGUCCACGCACGCCCCCCUUGGAGUGGAAGCCCUAUUCUCAGCGCAGGUCCUACAGCUCCCAGGACCGCGACUACAUAGUUGACCUGGGCCGGCAGCGGGAGGAGGAUAAUGAGGACGAGGAGGCCUACUGGUCAUCAGUGAGGACACUGUAUGAGAAGAACCCGGGCUGCUCACGCCCCCGGCCGGCCAAACCCAAGCACGCCCUCACCAUCGCGGUGUCGUCCCGGGCUCUGUUCAACAUGGUGGACGGCAGGAAAGUCUACGAGGAGGAGGGUCUGGAAAAGUACAUGGAGUACCAGCUCUGCAACGAGAACGUCAUCCUGACCCCCGGGCCCGCCUUCCGCUUCGUCAAGGCCCUGCAGCAUGUCAAUGCUAGACUCCGUGAUCUGUAUCCCGAAGAACACGAAUUAUUUGAUAUUGUACUGAUGACUAAUAACCAUGCCCAAGUGGGAGUGCGGCUUAUAAACAGCGUCAAUCACUAUGGCUUACUAAUUGACCGCUUCUGUCUGACCGGUGGAAAAAGCCCCGUUGGCUAUUUGAAGGCAUAUCUUACCAACUUCUAUCUUUCUGCGGACUGUGAAAAAGUACAAGAAGCACUGCAAGAAGGGAUCGCCUCUGCAACAAUGUUUGAUGGAGGGAAAGACACGUCUUACUGUGACUCACAGCUCCGUGUGGCUUUUGAUGGAGACUCCAUCCUCUUCUCUGAUGAGUUGGAAUAUCCUACCAAGGACGGGCUGGAGAAAUUCUUUCAACAUGAAACACAAUGUGAGACUAAGCCUAUUGUUCAGGGUGCCCUGAAAUGCUUUCUGGAAGAAUUAGGCAGACUGCAGAAGAAGUUUUAUGCCAAAGACCAACGGUUAUGUUGCCCGAUCAGGACCUACCUGGUUACAGCCAGGAGUGCAGCCAGUUCAGGUGCCCGAGUGCUGAAAACGCUUCGCCGCUGGGGGCUAGAGAUAGAUGAAGCCCUAUUCCUUGCUGGAGCCUCCAAAGGUCCCAUCUUGGUGAAAAUACGGCCCCACAUCUUCUUUGAUGACAGCAUGUUCCAUAUUGAAGGGGCACAGAAAUUUGGCACCAACACAGCUCAUGUACCUUAUAGCAUUACUCAAAAAUGAACAAUUAGAUAUGGGGAGGAGAAAUAAAGCAGUGAGUCUGGUAUUUCAGAAGCCACUUCUUGUGGA